GGUUCUUCGAGCUUCUACACGUGGCGGGUUGCAGCCUGGGUAUUGUUGCUUAGCUUUGUGCUUUCCUUUCUGUUCCUGAAUUGUCCUGGUCGUAUUGGAAGCAGGAAGACACUCGUAAUUCAGACAGAACAAAAAACCCAGAGGCCAGCUAUGAGCUACCAGGGCAGAUAUUACUUAGACACACAUGAAUCUCAGCAGCAGGGUUACCAUAAUUUUGUGCGACAUUCCACCAGCUCUCAAAAUGUGGGUAGCGAAGACAGCUAUGAUGCUUUGGAUCCUGAGAAACUGAUGCAAUGUCCAUAUGACAAACAUCAUCAGAUCAGGGCGUGUAGGUUUCCCUACCACCUUGUCAAGUGCGCUAAGAACCAUCCUGAUAUUGUGCAGCAGCUGGUCACGUGCCCAUUUAAUGCCCGUCAUCAGGUCCCCAAAGCAGAGAUCAAGCAGCACAUAUCAAGCUGUGAUGACAAAAGAUGCAUUGAGCAGGACAUUGCAAGUCAAGUUGAUCGUCACAGAAGAGAAAUCAAUGUUGUAAGUUCAUGGCAGGCUCCUCCAUGCGACGAAGACUGGGACAAAGAUCUAGCAGACCAAUCAAACUCCAUCUUCGUUUGGGGCAUAAGCCGCUGUAGGAUAAACAGUUCUGGAUCAAGCACGACAAUGGGUUAUAAGAACCACCUCGCUUCAGGUCUGCGAGCUCCCAGGUCCUUGCCAUUUGUACUACCAUGGAAGAACAAUGCUGAAAAUUGAAGACCGUGGCAGAAAUUGUCCCAUCCAGUGGUUAUCAAGUGCUCAUUAUCUACUCUCUUCAAAUGAUUGGAGUGCCAGUUACGAGACUCAGACUAAACUGUGUCCCUGUUUGGGUUAACUAAACAAGUUCUGAAAAUGCAAAUUCUUAAUCCUAAAUAUGGAAGUUAACAAUAUAGUUGACUAUGUUAUGUUAAUAGGCAAUAUACAUUUGGAUCUCCUAUCAAAAGCCCAGUGAAACAGGCAGUGAUUGUACAAAA